AUGGCUACUGCGACCGAAACCAUCGAACUCCAGGAAAGAGAGACUGUGGAUGUGCCCAAGGACGAUCGCUCGGACACAGCCAUUGUCGGAUCGCAGCAGACAUGGAAAGUGCCUUCGAUAAACAGAUACCGAGUCCCAGUCACUUUCUGGUCCCUAGCAGUCACAGGCAUGAACGAUGCAUCUUACGGACCACUGCUCCCCUAUCUUGAGUCAUACUAUGAUCUCAGCUACCUCAUCGUCUCCCUCGUCUUCCUUUCGCCAUUCGUGGGCUACACGCUCUCUGCUCUCAUCAAUAACUCCAUCCACAUGAAGUUUGGACAACGGGGUGUGGCUGUCAUUGCACCCACGGCUCAUCUGCUCGCAUACAUUGUCAUUUGUCUGCAUCCACCAUACCCAGUCCUCGUUGUCGCCUUUGUACUCGCAGGUUUCGGCAAUGGUCUGGUCGACUCUGCUUGGAAUGCGUGGAUCGGUGCUAUGCAGAAUGCAAAUGAGAUAUUGGGAUUGCUUCAUGGUGCUUAUGGUGCUGGAGCCACUAUUGCGCCGUUGAUUGCGACUUCCAUGAUAUCCAAAGCUGGGCUACCGUGGUACUCAUGGUACUACGUUAUGAUCGGUGCUGCCACCAUCGAACUGGCCACCUCCGUCCACGCGUUCUGGUCCGCUAAUGGGACUGCCUACCGUUCUUCCACCUCCGAGGAAGAAGACACCAAAAACGGACUUGCCCAAGUCACGAUGAAGAUGCCCGCAGCUCGAAUCACAUGGCUCUGUGCAGCAUUCCUUCUUUGCUACGUGGGCAGUGAGGUUGCUUUGGGCGGUUGGAUCGUGCAGUUCAUGAUCAAAGUCAGAAACGGCAAUGAAUUCGCCAGUGGUAUGGUGUCAGUAGGCUUCUGGCUUGGUAUCACUCUAGGCCGCAUCGUGCUUGGAUUCAUCACACCACGUAUCGGUGAAAAGCUGGCAGUCUCGAUCUACCUCCCCAUCGCAAUGGGCCUUGAACUUCUCUUCUGGCUGGUCCCAUCAUUCUACGUUUCGGCCAUUGCAGUCAGUUUCCAAGGCUUCUUUUUGGGUCCAAUGUUCCCUGCCAUUGUGAUUGUAACGACAAAAUUGCUGCCGAAACAUCUGCAUGUACCUGCUGUUGGGUUUGCAGCUGCUUUUGGUGGUUCGGGUGGAGCUAUAUUCCCUUUUGCUAUUGGAGCAUUGGCUCAAGCUAAGGGUGUUCAAGUGUUGCAGCCGAUCAUUCUGGCGUUGUUUGGUAUGCAGUUGGUGUUGUGGCUGUGUCUUCCCAGGAUUGGACGUAAGAAGGAUUAG